GGACCAUUUUGAUCAUUUCCUCUCUUUUUUCACAUUGACAACCCUGUCUCCUUCUUGAAAAGAUUCAGCGAUCCUUUGCAUACUACUUUCAACUAAUUCAACUUUGAGGUACAGUAAAGUAAGGAGAGACAAGGCUUCCCUUCAUUAGAUUGGAGUUAGAUAUGUCCAGGUUUCGUUCAUUAUUGCAAGCAUCAUUGAAUGCUACCAAAAGAGCACUCACGUGGAACAUUGAAGACCUAGUUCCACCCAGUGAAAGAUAUAUUUUCAACUUUAGUUCAAAGGAUGAGCUCAAGAAUUGGCAUUUAUACUCAGAUUCAGAAUAUGGAGGUCUAUCCUCAGCAACUUUGGAGAUUAAGGAUACUGGAAAUGGGUCAACUAGUGUUGGUGUUUUCUCUGGAAACCUCUCCUUGGAUGUUAUGGAAGGAUCAAAAUGGAAUAUGACUCGCAGUGGCUUUUGUGGAAUGCGGUCUAAAAAGUUUGAUGGUUUCAUUGAUUUGGAUGGAUAUGACACAAUAGCUCUUAAACUUAGAGGGGAUGGAAGAUGCUAUAUUUCUACAAUAUACACAGAGAAUUGGGUCAAUCAUCCAGGACAAGAUGAAGAUAAUUCAUGGCAAGCAUUCGUUUUUGUGCCAAAAGAAAACUGGUAUAUCGCAAAAAUCCCACUUACUCGUUAUGCACCUACGUGGAGAGGGAACAUAAUAAAUGCAAAGAUGGAGAUGAAUCCAGCUCGAAUCGUUGGUAUGUCUCUAUCUGUCAACGCAGAAGGUGGAGUUCCAGGUGCAAAGUCCGGGCCUGGUGAUUUCGGAGUUGAAGUCGAUUGGAUCAAAGCCUUGCGGAUGAUGCAGUAAGCAAACUGGAACAUCUUAAAGAAUGAUCAAGAAAAGACCAGGACAUUUGUGGCAUCCAUGCUUAUCAGUUGGGCAAGUUUGUGGAAAUGCUACCUUCGGACUUGGUAUUUUCGAAGUCAUCAAUCGGAGACGUAGAAGAUACAGGUUCUUCUUCUAUGUACCUCGGAGGACAAGAGGCAGAAUUGAGCUGAGGAAAGGAGUGAGUUUACUAUUCACUUUGCUUAAAUGCAGUGAAUCUACAGUCUACACCACCAAAGUCAAAUUAUCAGCUUUUUCUCUUGUAAUAAAUGGGGCUCUUCAGAUUAAUUAUAUCCUCGUCUUUUACAUGGUCUGACAAUCAAAUAUUUCAAUCAUGUGCUUAUAA